AUACCAACCCUAGAGGUCACCCAGCGCCAUAACGCGCCGUUUAGCAGCCCAAAAACAAACACCCUUCUCUGCUCGAAACCGGGAGGACAUUAUUGUCUCGAAGGGUCUCUGAAGAGUCCCAUCAUGAUGUCUUGCUUGUCUAACACGGAUGCUGAGAUACGUUACGAAUCAUCUCCCAGUGCCGGUGACGCCGUUUGCGCCUUCAACGGAACAGGAUACACCCUAGACGGCUCUCGAGUCAAGGUUGGCGAAACCGCUCUGUGU